AUGGCCUUGGAGGCUUUGGGCGUCGCCUCAAGCGUCAUUGCAGUAAUCGAAAUAUCCGGACGCGUUGCAGCAAUAUGCUUCCAGUACUCGAAAGGAGUGAAAGAUGCAAAGUCAGAAGACAACCGUCUACUACGAGAGGUCAACAACCUCGGCGAGACGACGAGCAGUGUCCAGGAUUUACUCGAUGGCCCCUGUGAGACCACACUGAAGACGUCGAGCAAGCUCUUGGAUGCGAUUGAAGAGGCACGGAUUCAUUUGAGUAAAUUAAAAGACGAUUUGAGGCCGUCGUCGGCCCAAAAAGCAUUCCGUAGGCUGAGAGUUGGCGCACUCAAAUGGCCGCUAAAGAGCAAAGAUGUGGAAAAAGUCGUCAAGCAACUUGGACGAUGCGGGCAGAAUAUAUCACUUGCUCUGCAAGUCGAUCAAACUUUGUCUAACACCUUAUACCGGAACGUGGCGCUUCAAGAGGUGCCCGAAUACGUCAUACAACAUGAUGCUAGCAUGUUCCUUGAGCAUCAACUGGCAAAAAUACGUGCAGAGUACAAUGUCACAGUAUCAGAAGACCGACAGCUUCCACUUACAUGGCCUGGUUAUGAGACGGUCCAGGCACUAGUGUGGAUGGCUACCCCUCUCUUUAUUUUUGCUGCCAAUGUUUGUCGCUAUCUCGCAGAUCUGCGUUGGCACCCAGACGACCAGGUCGCCAAGGUGUUGUGUUAUCAGACUAAAACGCAGCAGUCCAAGCUUGAUACCUCCUAUCGCCCCGUGUUGGAUCCGCUGAUUGAGGGUCUUGACAAAGUGGAAAAAGUCGAGCUCCUGCAGCAAUUUCGAGCGAUCGUUGGGUCAAUUAUUAUUUUGACUCGUCCCUUUUCCUUUCUCUCACUGGCGAGGAUACUGUAUAUUCCCAAGAGGACCAUCGAGCAUCAGUUGGAUGGCCUGUAUUCCGUGUUGAGCGUGCCAAACGUGUCGGAUGCUCCUGUUAGAUUGCUACAUUUAUCAUUUCGUGAUUUUCUCCUGGAUCCUGACAAGAAAGACGAGAAGCCUUUCUGGGUAAAUGAAAUUACGGCACAUGACACAAUGGCCUCCAAAUGUUUUCGCUUAAUGGAUGAUUCUCUGCGAGAGAAUGUUUGCAACCUCAAGGACCCGGCCGCGUUGCAGACUUCUAUCGAUCCAGAAAGAGUGAAUGAGUGUAUACGCGACGAUGUUCAUUUAAUGGGACGAGUGAGGGAGACCAUCGACAUGAUGAUGGCUUUGAAGGGGCUCUUGGCUACUCAAAAUAGCGAAGAGCUUUCGGAAUUGAUUGGAGACGCCUACCGAUUUCUGUCAGCAAACAUGGGAACAAUUAGCUCAUCCCCGUUACAACUGUAUCCAUCGGCUCUUCUAUUCUCCCCCAAAGAAAGCUCCAUCAGAAACCUAUUUGACAAUAGUAUUCCUCAAUGGAUUCGCUCCUGGCCAGAUACACAAUCCCGAUGGGGUAGCUGCCUACAGAUCCUCGAGGGACAUACGGGUGCGGUACAUACCGCCAAGUUCGCGCCUUUCAGUGCACGUAUGGUAUCUGCAUCAGACGACAGAACAGUAAGAAUUUGGGAUAUGAACACUGGAGAGUGUCUACAAGUGAUCCAUAAUCCAGUUGGAGUCAAUUCCGCAAUGUUCUCGCACGAUGAAAGACUCGUUGUUGUGGCUUGCAACGACGGGAUCAUUCGACUGUGGGAUGUUAAUACAGAGGAAUGUGUACAAGAACUUAGGGGGCAUAGUGGAAAGGUUUCAUCUGCUGUUUUUUCCAGUGACUCCAAGCUUGUGGUCUCCGCGUCCUAUGACAAAACUGCUCGGAUUUGGGAUUCUCUUACUGGAAAAUGUACCAUGGAGCUCCGCGGUCACGAGAAUGAGGUUUCUUCUGUCGCAAUAUCCCGGGAUUCGGCACGCGUGGUAACGUCGUCUUUUUAUGACCAGGGCGUUCGAAUCUGGCGUACUCUUGAUGGAAAGUGCAUAGGUGAACUGGAAACCAACGAUUAUAGCUAUGCACGUGCUAUUUCGAAUGACGCGUCAAUGGCAGUGGCGGGCUUAAGGAGCGGUUCCGUCCAGCUUUGA